AUGGGGCCGAGUUCCGGGCGCCCGGCGGCCUGUGAAGAGCAGAGUGUGGCAGCUGGAAGCCGGGGAGGCAAAGCUAUGUUCCGAAUCGAGGGCCUUGCGCCGAAGCUGGACCCCGAGGAGAUGAAACGGAAGAUGCGCGAGGAUGUAAUCUCGUCCAUACGGAACUUUCUCAUCUAUGUGGCCCUGCUGCGAGUCACACCUUUUAUCCUAAAGAAAUUGGACAGCAUAUGAAGAUGGGCAUCACAUGUGAAUGCAUGAUAUGAGGAACCCAGUUACAAUUUCUACUCCUAUCUGCAAAUGAAUAGGCCCGGAAAGAUGUAAGAGACUCUUUGAUUGAAUGGACAUAAAAAUCCUACUUGUUAAGAACAAGUUUGGCUCUGGUAACUGACCUUCAUAGCUAAAAUUUAAAACUACUUGGGAAGUAAAGACAUCUUGGGUGAUAAUACACCUAUAUGCCUGUGAUGUUCAGCCUCUGUGAAUGUUGAUAUAAUUGUAAGUAAUGUCAAACUCCAUUUUCUAGCAAGUAUUAAUUAUAAGGGAAUUAUGUCUACAAAGCACUGUCUUGUUAGUCUUUUCUGUUUACCUUUCACUUCUGUCUGGAGUACAUAUGUUGAAGAGUUCCUUAUGAUUAGUUAUGUUUUACAGAAGCCAGCACACAGCCACAACAACACUUAAGCACAGGAUGUUCAGUCUGUAUUUUUAAAGUAGCAACUAAGAAAAAAAUUGGGAUUUUAUUUCUCUUAACCUACUUUUUGCUGCAGAUCUCUGUAAUAUUGUAAUUAUUACAAACUACAUUAAAUUGAGUUCCUCUUGUUUUGGACUGAAGGAUUUGCUGAUGCUGAUAAAGUGACAUCAUUUUA